AUGACUGUUGAGAAAACUCUCGGUGACUCUACUGUUCUCUCCGCAACGUAUCGAAGCCACGAAAGCCUUGAGGCUCUGAAUAUCAUAUCCAACAUUCUGUUUUCCGUCGAUCUCGGUAGCUACGACCUGAAAAAGCCCAAUAGGUUUCAGGAUGCGGUGAUUGGUGUCAUGGAAGCUAUCGGAAAUCCAGACGCUGCUAACUAUUUUCCAUUUCUGGGGUUUCUUGAUCUGCAAGGUAAUAGGAAGGGUCUCAAGGUUUCCUCAGAGAAGCUGUUUAGGGUUUUCCGUGGGUUCAUCGAUGCUAAAAGAGCAGAAAAAUCAUCGCGGAAUAACCCUAAAGAUGUUUCGAGCAACGAUUUCGUAGAUGCAAUUCUCGAGCACACCGAAGGAGAUGAAGCAGAGCUCAACACUAACGAUAUUGUACACCUUCUCUUGGACUUGUUUGGAGCGGGCACAGACACAAAUUCUAGUACCGUGGAAUGGGCAAUGGCAGAGUUACUUCGAAACCCUAAAACAAUGGCGAAAGCUCAAGACGAGAUCGAUCGUGUGAUUGGUCAAAAAGGUGUUGUUGAAGAGUCUGAUAUCUCGGAACUUCCCUAUUUACAAGCGGUCGUGAAGGAAACUUUCCGGUUACAUCCGGCUGCUCCGCUUCUCGUCCCGCGGAAAGCGGAAUCCGAUGUGGAGAUUCUUGGGUUCAUGGUCCCUAAAGACAGUCAGGUUUUGAUGAACGUGUGGGCCAUUGGACGAGACCCGAGUGUGUGGGAGAAUCCGACCCGGUUCGAGCCAGAGAGGUUUUUAGGGAAAGAGACUGAUGUGAAAGGCAGAGAUUAUGAGCUUACACCGUUUGGAGCUGGAAGGAGAAUUUGCCCGGGGUUACCUUUGGCUGUGAAGACAGUGCCUCUCAUGCUUGCUUCUCUUCUCUAUUCCUUUGACUGGAAGCUUCCAAACGACAUGGAUUCUCAGGAUUUGGACAUGGACGAGACUUUUGGUCUCACAUUGCAUAAGACCAACCCGUUACAUGCCGUUCCCGUCAAGAAACGCGCCAUUAAUAAGCCAUUGUUGUAGACUUGUAGUAGUGUAUGUUUUUAAAAAAAAAAAAUACAGGAAAAUAACAACAGAUUAGAUGGUGUAGAGAUAUCGUAUCAUAACAAGGACAAAAAGUUUUUAUGAAAUUCGUAAUUGAUUUUCUUCCGCCGUAAGUCGGUAAGUAACCUGAUUUCAACAUGUCUUUGUCAAUCAAUAAAGACAAGUCUGCGUAUCUAACAUUUCCAAGAAGAUGAGAUCGCUUGAUUAUGACAUAUAU